AACGCCCCGCGCGCGCUGCCCCCGCCCCGCCCCGCCCGACUUGAACAUGGCGGCCGUGCGCUGAGGAGGUUUUCGCGGCUCACAUCUCGGUGGCUUUCUUCUGCUAAACCUCCCCGCGUCCUCGUCGUCGUCUUCUUCGUCGUCUUCUUCGUCGCCGUCGAUCGUCGUCCCCCGCGCGGGUUCCUUGCUCUCAUCAAAACAAGCGAGCGAGCUAUUGAGUUAACGAGUGAGAGCAUGAACGAGUGAGCAAGUGCUUGAGCGCCUGAGCGAUUAAGUGAGUUGGCAAGCGAGUGUCCGAGCGAGAGAACACGAGACCAGUUGAGCCACCGAGUGAACGCGCCAGCAAGCGAGCGCCGCCAUGAGGGAGUACAAGGUGGUGGUGCUGGGGAGCGGCGGCGUGGGGAAGUCCGCGCUGACAGUGCAAUUUGUGACGGGCACCUUCAUCGAGAAGUACGACCCCACCAUCGAGGAUUUCUACCGUAAGGAGAUCGAGGUGGACUCGUCGCCCUCCGUGCUGGAGAUACUCGACACGGCCGGCACGGAGCAGUUCGCUUCCAUGCGAGACCUCUACAUCAAGAACGGCCAGGGCUUUAUCCUCGUCUACAGCCUCGUCAACCAGCAGAGCUUCCAGGACAUCCGCCCGAUGCGGGAGCAGAUAACGCGCGUGAAGCGCUACGAGAAGGUCCCCAUCAUCCUGGUGGGGAACAAGGUGGACCUGGAGGGCGAGCGCGAGGUGGCCUACGGCGAGGGCCGCGCGCUGGCCGACGAGUGGGGCUGCCCCUUCAUGGAGACGUCGGCCAAGCGCAAGGCCACGGUGGACGACCUCUUCGCCGAGAUCGUGCGGCAGAUGAACUACGCGGCGCAGCCCGACGCCGGGCAGGCUUGCUGCGCUUCCUGCGUGCUGCAGUGACGGACGGGACCCCGCGCACAGACUUCCUGCCAACAAAGUUUCGUGGCAAAACGGAGGACGGAGAAAUUUACACGGAUUAAGCUUCACGAAUUUUUUGUUGUUUUUUUAAAUUACGAUUUUAAUUACCAUUAUCGUUCUUAAGUUUGUAAGUAAACUAGUUUGUUCCCAUGUGAAAGCGUAUUGUCCGAAAUAUACAUCUCAUCAACAAGAAAUGCAAGUGAAGCGAGGGUGGUGGGGCGAGCCAGCCUUCCCUUCCACUCUCUCCGGAGCUGCACAAUGGAACAUUCCGCGUGUGGAGCGGACCCCGAGAAGUUGGGCCGCGCCACUUGCGAAGGAGGGGCGGGGGGGGGGAGCCACCAGCGCCGCUGCUGGCGAAGAGGAUUAGAACUUUAACUACAGAUUGUAAACAACGCAACUUGCUUCUCACGGGGUGGCAACGGGAUGGAGAAUUGAACCCACGUUUUGGAAUGCGAGGGGUCUGUGUCACAACAACAGCAACGGAGACAAGAGAAACACAGUAACUUUUUAAAACACGGACAUCUUUUCGUUUUAAUUUCGUCGCACGCCGCGAAAGACGCCGGCGAUACGAAACCGUGCACAACUUUUGCCAAAAAAAAACCGGCGCCAUCUCGGGAACUCGUGAAGGCAACGGUGGUGGUGGCGGCGGCGGCGGAGGCAAGUAGUGAGAAACAAAAAGGAAACUGGAGACGGCGACGGAGUGAGGAGACGGAGCGAGGAGACGGAGCGUUCUUUUUUAACGCUUGCACGGAGACACGGAGACGGAGGGCGACGUAGAGAGGGGAGCGGAGGUGUUCUACUUUAUCAUUUGAUUUGUUUUUAUGUUGCGAGAGACGAUCGUGCGGAGGAUUUAACCUGGGCGUGCGCCUCGCGUGAGGGAUAUGAGUUUUAUUUUGAAUUUAUUUUCCCCGCACCUGCCGUGAUUUUAUUGUAAUAUCUGUGGGAUGUGGCUGGGGGUCGCGGGGGAGGGAAAGGAGAAAAUUUGAGUGGAGAUGAAAUUUUAAAAAUUCAUACGAGUGGCGUACAGUGUUAACGCGUGUGUGUGCGUGCGUCUUGCCCGCGUGUACAUGCACAGACGAGGCGGCCGCGCGUGAUGCCGGCCGCACCACCACCCCUCCCUCAUGCGCCGUUCUGGCGUUCAUCGGUGCUCGCCAACAGCACUUCGCCCCCCAGCAGCAGCAGCCUGUUUUAGGCUGCAUGGGGGAGGUCUUUGUACGUGCACGGUACCUCUAUCCAGGUGCAUUGUGUGCACGCGUGCACGUAUUUGUACCAUUGUACGCGCGUGUACGUAUGCAUUAAUGUGAGAUGUGUGUCCAUACACGCGUGUGCAUUUACGUCAAUUAGCAUUUGUGCGCGCCUGUGUUUGUGCGCGCGCACACAUGUACUCGUUUGUUUGAAGGCAUAUGCAUGCAUGCAGAGGUAUGUUAAUGUGUGUAUACAUGUGUACAUGCCUACAGAUAUGUUUGUAUAUGUGUACAUGUAUAUAAACUUACCUUCAUACCCGUAUGCAUGCAUAUAUGUGUUGAUAUAUUAGUGGUUACUUAAUCAGCCCCGCAAUUAGAUGCAGUGCUACAAUUCGGGGUUAGUGAUUCGAUUUCAAGAAUCUUCCUUUUUCCAAAAUUGAGGUGAAUGAUAGUGCCUCUCGUGGCUGCGGGGGUGACGUUGAACCCAUUGCAUACAACGUGUGUGAUUCGGUGCAUGUAUCAAGAGCUUGGAAACCAAUAUUGAUGCAUCAUACCACCACUAAUAUAUACUGUAUGAGAUUACAAACAAUGUCAAUAAGUACACGCUUGUACGUACGCACGCGUGUAUGAACACAAUGUGAGUAUACUUGGACAUGCGUGUCUGCAGCACAUGCACGCGUGCGUGUGUGCGUGUGAACAUAUGUACAUACACAAAAGACACGUACACAUUGUACAUAGUUUUAUAAAUCGACAUCACAUCGGAACGGGCCACCCCGGUGUGACAGUUUUCGUGUUAAUCGAUGCGAGUCGGCAGGAUCGUCACAUCGCAGGAGCGUGAGACUGCGGUGGCUUGGCACGGCCUUCAUCCAGCAGCAUUAUUGAUCACGGCUGACGGUGCAUGCAUAUCUCGCGAUGAAGGCGCCGGGAGGAAGAGGAGGAACUGAUAAUGAUUGUCGUCCCCCCCUCCCCCUCAGUGCAGCCGUGUGCACAGAGAUCUGUUGAUUCUAGCGACUUUUCCAAUCGAAAGAGAUCCGUUAAUCCGUCACCUCCAUUCACUUUCACAGAGAUGUUGAUGCAGGUGAUUUUCAUUUGUUUUUUUAAUAGAGAUCUUAUUUUAAGUUAACUCGAUUCACUUAAAUCGAUCUCCAUUUAGUGAUAGUAUUCGAGUGUCUUGUUUGCUCUUUUAUAAGAGGAAUCAUGUCUGUGGCGUCAAUGUUACUGUCGUGCAUAUUCACAAAAGCAUUGUUGUGGAAGUAACUCCGUUGAAUUUACAAGCCUCUUGAUUGAUUACUGAGAUCUUUAUGAAAGUUUAGAGCCACUACGUAAAAAGAAAAUAUAUGAAAGUGAAGGGACUUUGGUUUGUACAGUAUAACGGAUCUCUUUUAAAAGUGUUAGUAAACCUCCUUACAGAUCCUAGAAAAUGAAUUUCUGUCACUUUUGAAAGUGAAUACUUUGCCGUAGAUCUCCCGUGUCACGAAUGGCUUUUCCAGAUCUCUCUGGAAGUGAACGGAGAUGUUGUCGAUGCCAUAUUUCGCAGUUUUGCCACUUUUUCUCGGCGCCUUGGGCAGCCAAGUCCAGGCCUUAGACAGCUCAGGGGGCGGGGGAUGUCAGCCAGCCUGGCCUCGCCUCUAACCACGAUCCCUCUCCGCUGGUCACCGAUCACCUCUGCGCACUCGUGCAGGCGAGACCCAUCAUCUCACUCAUUUGGGGGGAGGGGGGUGGGGUCUACUAAUUCAAUACAAUUUUGAAACUAUGAAAAUUUCUACGGAGACGGAUGACCUUCGACGGCUACAUUUUGUUGGCCGAUUGCUGGAAAGGAGGGGGUUUAUUUUGGCGUUGGGUGGGUGGUGAAGUUUACCGGCUCAAGACGAAUUUAGAUGGCGAUCUGGCAUCGAGGCCACGGUCGGUGGUGGUGACCGCUGACCCGCGUGCUUGCACACUAGAGAUGUCACUAUUUUUUUAGUCGAGCGGAGACUUGAGGCCAAAGGGGGGGUGGGUGGGUGGGUGGGUUGGGGGAGUGCCGACGUUUGCCGCUCAUUUUCACGGGGGUUCACUGCCGUUUCGAGUCGAUCAUCGGAAUGAGUAUUAUUCAUGCUGGAGGAAUCUGAUGAGCUAUUACGAAGCCCUCUGUCCCCACGUAUGUCCAGCAUCAUUGCCGCAGACACCAUCAGGCAGUGGGAGAGCGAGGGGGGUCAGCGGGCUGUAAUUGCUCGGCGAGCGGUCAAAUCCAACGUCGCACGAUUUUGAUGUUUUUAUUUUAUAUUUUAGCAAAGAAAAGAACUAAAAAAAUUAAACUUGUUUUUAAAUUAAUUUUUGCCUCUGUGUGUGGCAAAUCCCAUUGUACAAAGAAGCACCUGCGAGAACUCACAGGCCGGGUGCGGAUUAUUUUCCUGCCGACACGACGAGCUUGGUGAAUCGCGAAGGCAACAUCUUGGUUAUUGAUUACAUUGCUGCAGUUUUAUUUGGUUCUCGGGCAAUGCCGCGCAAGGAGGGGCGGGAAUAAAAACUAAAAUUCGCUGAU